CGUCAUCAUUUCUGUGAUCUGUGAUUCUGACAUACUGUUCAUUUUUCAUUUCAAGGCAAUUGAAUUUUAUUGCCAUUGUCACGUAAUGAAUACAUGUUUAUGGCUACGAAGUCAAUCAAAGUUGGUAGUGGGUCAGAGAAACUAGUGCGACAUUGCAAAUUAAUUGGUUUAUGGUAAUGAGGCUCUCAUGUCUUGACCCCAAUUGUGCAAAAACGAGCUUAAUUGAGAUAUCAUUCUUUAGCUCAGGUGCAAAGGUCCAAUCGUUUUGUGCUGAUUGUGCCUUGUUCAAUCGUCAACUGAUAUCAAGAUGAAUCACAAGUGUAAGCAUGAUGCGUGACCUACUCAGUCAACUGUGCUCCACUUUCCAGGAUGGAAAUGAUCCCGGAGAAGCAGGUCCCAAAGGACCGCCUCAAUCUGAUCUAUUGGUGCAUCUAUUAUGUUGGUUUGGUGAUUUUACUUCCAUGGAACAUUUUGAUCACGGUGAACGGUUACUGGGACUACAAAUUCAGAAACCUGAAUGCCACUCUCGAGGACACGGGCCCCACCCAAAUCCAGAAGGAGUUCACGGCCUACCUUUCAAUCGCCGCUAAUGUUCCCAAUGCCAUUUUUGUCAUCCUGCACGCUUUAAUUGGACAUUGGUUCAGCAUGCGGCUUCGUAUUUUCGGAUCUCAAGUCGGACAAAUCGUGGUAUUUCUUUUCAUCGUCAUUCUCUCAAUUUUGGACACUGACGACUGGCAGCGUCUCUUCAUGAUCCUCAAUCUUCUCAUAAUUGCCCUCAUCAACACGUUCAGUGCCAUAUUUCAAGGAAGCGCCUCGGCCAAUGUUGGAAAGUUUCCCGUCCCUUACAUUGGGAACAUGGUCAGUGGGGCUGGUAUGGGUGGUUUGCUCCCCGCCUUAGUGAAUGUGAUCAUCUUGGCAGUGGAAGCAGACUUUCAAGUGGCGGGUUUCUAUUGCUUCCUCAUCGCUGAGAUCAUGGCCAUCUUGUGUUUGGUCGUCAGUGUCUACAUUGAAAGGACUCCUUUCUAUGCUUUUUACUCCACCAAUGAGACGCUUGUCCCCCAAAUCAAUCCCAAGCGAGACGUUAGGAUCUACAAAGAAGUCAUGCGGGACAGUUGGAUUUAUAUUUUGGUUAAUUUGAUCAACUUCACCACCACCCUGGCCGUGUUUCCUGGGAUUAUGGUGCUUGUGGAACCGGCUGAUAGCGACUUGGACACCCUGUGGGCCAAGACGUUCUUUGUCCCGGUGCUGUGCUUUGUGUUGUACAAUUUGUCGGAUGUUUUGGGCAAGCAACUCGCCGUUUGGCUCCAAUGGCCAAGUGUGUCCAAAUGGAAUCAGGUCAUUCUCUUGGGAGCUGCCAUUGUCAGAAUUGCCCUGAUUCCCUUGAUCAUGUUUUGCAAUGUGUCUCCCUCAUUGCGACGAUCUGAGGUGGCUUUCCAAUCUGAUGUUGUCUAUGGAAUUUUGAAUGCCAUUUUGGGGAUCUCGAAUGGCUACGUGGGCAAUUUGGCCAUGAUGUUCGGCCCAAAAGUGGUCAAACCUGAGCAUCAAGAAGUCACCUCGGCUUUCCUGAUUGCAGCUUUGGUCAUUGGUUGCGGUAUUGGAUCUGUUUUAAGUGUACCCUUGGUCAAGGCUUUGUAACUAGAGUUUGUAACCUAAAUAGUCAUGAUUUCUCCAUCUGUG